UCGGAGCCAACAACCAUCCAUCUGAAACAAAGAGGCAAGCUUCCUUACUCGCUUCUUCUCGAAUAUAUAUGUUCUUGCUUGUCGCGGGACAUGUAUAUGCAUCCAUCUAAACUGCUCAUUUUGACGGUGGUGGUCACCGGCGCCGCUGCGGCGCAUGACCACCCUUCCGCUAGCACUCCGGCGGCGCAGUUCUGGCAGCAGGCCCUCCCGGGCACGCCGAUGCCGGAGGCCAUCGCUGACCUCGUCCAGAAAGGCAUCGACCACUCGCCGCUGGUGGAGCGAUACCCUUCGGCGCCCGGCCUCAGCGCGUGCGGCGCAUGGAGCAACCUGUGCACGCGCAGCGUGGCGGCGGGGACGGGCAUCUUCUUCCACGAGGCGGAACUGCGUCCGGGCAGCGCCAUGGCGCUCUCCUUCCCGGCGGAAGUGGACACACCCAUCCUCCCGCACGCCGUCGCCGCCGCCGCUCCAUUCGCGAACCUGACGGCCGUCUUCGCCACGUUCGGCGUCGCCGGGGGCUCCGCCGAGGCCGAGCACGUGCGGGACACGCUCAGGUGGUGCGAGGCGCCGCCGCGGCCGGCCGGCGAGCGCGUGGCCGCCUGCGCCACGUCGCUGGAAAGCACGGUGCGGAGCGCCACGCGCAUGCUCGGCGCCGCCGGCGGUGACGGUGUGUGGGCGGCGGCCACGUCGGCGCGCCUCCGCGCUGGCCUGCCGCGCGGGCGGUACGUGGUCGGGGCGGUCGCCCCGCUCCACGGAGACCAACUCGUGGCCUGCCACCGCGUGCCGUUCCCGUACGCCGUGUACCAGUGCCACAUGACGACGAGGAAGACGGACAGGGCCUACGUGGUCUCGCUUCGCGGCCGCGGGGGGCCGGUGCUCGACGACGUGCUGGCGUUCUGCCACCGCGACACCUCCGGCUGGAGCCCGGACCAUCCGGCGUUCCGGAUACUGCGCGUCCGCCUAGGCACGCCGGUGUGCCACUUCGUACCGUACGGGAAUCCAGUCUUCGGUAGGAAGGCCAGCACAACAUAGUAGUACGUUAUCGACUUGUCGUUAUCAAAUAUUUAUCGUCGGCCAGUUCUUUAUUAACUAAAAUGUGAUAAAUAAAAAAGAACAAAGUAAACUUCGUCUAUGUCUGAAGAAUACUGUGUCUUUUAAACAUUUUUGCAUAAUAAGAAUCGUCCAAAUUAUACUCCUAUUACAUAACCAGCAUGAGGUUGCAUUCAUCAUUAAUACAUUAGAUGAACUCCCAUAUAUAGCUAUGGAGUGAACAUGUUAUGAUAAUAUUAUAUUAAAAUUUAAAAAAUCUAGUUUUCAUUUUGAGUUUUUAUUAUCAUCUUUUAAAGUUCUUCGUUUUGUUUCCUUGUAACAAACCUAUUUGAUGGAUCUAUAUGUGCUUGUAUUCAUGUAUUAUAAAUUUCUGCUUGUUAUUUUUCCACUUAGCAAAAGGUGGUUGCU